AUGCUGAGUUCAGAUCUGCUGCUCACGCACUACGACCCGACGCUGCCGAUCUUUGUUGCUGCAGAUGCUUCCAACCACGGAGUUGGUGCGGUCAUCUCACACACGUUUCCUGAUGGAUCUGAAAAGGCGAUCAUGCAUGCAUCUCGCACGCUAACCCCUGCGGAGAAUAACUAUGGGCAAAUGGAGAAAGAGGCUCUAGCCCUCGUGUUUGCCGUCAAGAAAUUUCACAAACUGUUGUACGGUCGCCACUUCACGUUGUUGACGGAUCACAAACCAUUGCUGUCAAUCUUCGGUUCGAAGAAGGGCAUUCCCGUCUACUCAGCCAGCCGACUUCAGCGAUGGGCAACCAUCCUUCUUGGCUACGAUUUCGACAUUCGCUACUGUCGUACUACAGACUUUGGUCAGGCUGACGCCCUUUCUCGCCUCAUCAGCAAUCAGCAGGAACCGGAGGAAGAUACCGUGAUUGCAGCUAUUUCGAUUGAGGACGAUGUGCGCCGUCAGCUAUCAGACGCCAUACGAGGUAUUCCCGUCACUGCCGCGGACAUCCGACGUGCUACUGAACAGGAUCCUGUCCUCCGCCAGGCCAUCACCUACGUGCAGACCUGCUGGCCAACCACUGCUCUCGCUGGCGAUCUUCGCCAGCUCUUCCUCCGCCGAGCAUCGCUAUCUGUGGUUGACUCCUGCCUCAUGUUUGCAGACCGUGUGGUGAUCCCAUCUUCCCUCCGACCCACUGUACUACGCCAGUUCCAUGCGGCUCAUCCUGGUACCAGCCGAAUGAAGUCUAUUGCUCGCAGUUUUGCCUACUGGCCGGGUAUCGACGGCGACAUCGACGACCUGGUUCGACGCUGUUCUCGAUGUCAGCAAGCUGCCAAAAUGCCGCCUCGUCAACCUCCAAUACCCUGGCAACCACCGGAGAGGCCUUGGUCACGCGUGCACAUCGACUUCGCUGGUCCACUUAACGGAGUCUCCUACCUAAUCUUGGUUGACGCCUACUCGAAAUGGCCCGAGAUUGCUCCGCUUAAUCCAGCGACCGCAUCUUCCACUAUCGCCUUCCUACGACGCAUCUUUAGCCAACAUGGCUUACCAGAAGUCCUGGUUUCAGAUAAUGGCUCUCAGUUACUUCGUCGUCGUUUGAGGAUUUCUGCCGCCAGCACAACAUCCAGCAUCUUCGCUCCCCGCCCUACCAUCCUCAGUCUAACGGUCAGGCGGAGCGUUUUGUCGACACGUUUAAGAGAGCCCUCUUGAAAGCUCGUGGGGAGGGAACCACGGACGAGAUAGUCCAGGCGUUCCUGUUUUCCUACAGGACGACACCGAACCCGGCGUCCCCUGGUAGCGUUUCUCCUGCCGAAGCGUUGAUGGGCCGAAAAUUGCGUACAACUUUUCAUGCCCUCGUCCCUACCGGUGCGCAGCCCGCGCAGACUUCUCCAGUCUCUCGUAGCAAGCUCUCCAUCGGAACGCCUGUCUUCGCCCGUGAUUAUCGAGUGGAGUUCCCAGACUGGAUUGAAGCAACCGUGGUAGCGCACAGAGGCAGUAUGUUGUUUGACGUCGACGUUGGUGGUGAAAUCUGGGUUCGUCACCACAACCAGAUCCGACGGCGACAUUGCAGUAACACAACUGGGCUCGAUCCGGCGCCGUCACUCCCCCUUGACAUCCUACUGGAUACCUUCGCCAUUCCGGCAGAUCGGUCGGUUCCUGAACCCACUGCUGCGCCUCCUUCGGAUGUACCGCCUUCGGUAUCAGUCACUGCCCCCUGGUCUCCAGACAACAAACCACAACUAAGACGCCGGACCAACCGCGUGCGCCGAUCAACACUGCCGAUGCAGAUCAAUCCACGCCAAAAGCGGUACUGA